AGGGGCGGGCCGGGCAAGCGGCGGAGCGCGCUGGUGCUGAUGCAGGAUGGCUGGGCGCUCUGGAGCCCGGGAGGUCUGAGCCGGGCGAGGCUCGCUCCUUGCGCAUCGCCUGGGCGACCCGCCGCGGGGUCGCAGGCAGGUGGGCCGGGGGUGCCGGGCAGGGCAGAGCCAGGUCAGGCGGGUCUGCAGCCGGCGGGGCCGGAGCCCGGGGGGCUGUCCACCGUCCCGGGCUCGGAGCGGCUGGAGCUGCCCGGCCGGCCGAGUUCGCGAUGACCUGCUGAGAAGCGCCGCGGGAGGCUGCAGGAGGCGGCCCUGCUGCGGGCGGUACGGUAGCGGCCUCGUCCCUCAGAGCGCCCAGCCGCCCCCCACCCCCACCAUCCCCGCGCCCCCUCCCUGCAGCCGGCCGCGAUGGCGGAUCCAGCCGAAUGCAGCAUCAAAGUGAUGUGCCGGUUCCGGCCCCUCAACGAGGCGGAGAUCCUCCGCGGGGACAAAUUCAUCCCCAAAUUCAAAGGCGACGAGACCGUGGUGAUCGGGCAAGGGAAGCCAUAUGUCUUUGACAGGGUGCUGCCGCCCAACACAACCCAAGAGCAGGUUUACAAUGCGUGUGCGAAGCAGAUUGUCAAAGAUGUCCUUGAAGGUUAUAAUGGGACAAUUUUUGCAUAUGGGCAGACUUCAUCAGGAAAAACCCAUACCAUGGAGGGAAAGCUUCAUGACCCUCAGCUCAUGGGGAUCAUCCCCAGGAUUGCACACGACAUCUUUGACCAUAUCUACUCCAUGGAUGAGAACCUGGAGUUUCACAUCAAGGUUUCGUAUUUUGAGAUCUACUUGGACAAAAUAAGGGACUUACUUGAUGUGUCCAAGACCAACCUGGCUGUUCAUGAAGAUAAAAACAGAGUCCCAUAUGUAAAGGGGUGCACCGAGAGGUUUGUGUCAAGUCCCGAGGAGGUCAUGGACGUGAUAGACGAAGGCAAAGCAAACCGACAUGUGGCUGUAACAAACAUGAAUGAACACAGCUCUAGAAGUCACAGUAUCUUCCUGAUUAAUAUUAAACAAGAGAAUGUGGAGACUGAAAAAAAACUCAGUGGGAAGCUUUAUUUGGUUGAUUUGGCUGGGAGCGAAAAGGUCAGCAAAACUGGUGCCGAGGGAGCUGUUCUGGAUGAAGCUAAAAAUAUCAAUAAGUCUUUGUCUGCUCUUGGAAACGUGAUCUCUGCCUUGGCAGAAGGGACAAAAACACAUGUGCCAUACCGGGACAGUAAGAUGACUCGAAUUCUCCAGGACUCACUGGGUGGGAACUGUAGGACCACUAUUGUCAUUUGCUGUUCUCCUUCUGUCUUCAAUGAGGCGGAGACCAAGUCCACGUUGAUGUUUGGACAGAGAGCUAAGACCAUCAAGAACACAGUCUCUGUGAACCUGGAACUGACGGCGGAAGAAUGGAAGAAGAAGUAUGAGAAAGAGAAAGAGAAAAACAAGACUUUGAAGAACGUGAUCCAGCAUCUGGAGAUGGAGCUCAACAGGUGGAGGAAUGGAGAAGCUGUGCCUGAGGAUGAACAGAUCAGCGCUAAGGACCAGAAGAACCUGGAGCCGUGUGAUAACACCCCCAUCAUAGACAAUAUCACUCCUGUUGUUGCUGGCAUCUCUACAGAAGAGAAGGAGAAGUACGAUGAGGAGAUCUCCAGUCUCUACCGACAACUGGAUGAUAAGGAUGAUGAAAUCAACCAGCAGAGCCAGCUGGCUGAGAAGCUAAAGCAGCAGAUGUUGGAUCAGGACGAGCUUUUAGCUUCCACAAGAAGAGACUAUGAGAAGAUACAGGAGGAGCUGACGCGUCUGCAGAUUGAAAACGAGGCGGCCAAAGACGAGGUGAAGGAGGUGCUGCAGGCCCUGGAGGAGCUGGCGGUCAACUACGACCAGAAGUCCCAGGAAGUGGAGGACAAGACCAGGGCCAAUGAGCAGCUGACGGACGAGCUGGCCCAGAAAACGACUACAUUAACAACUACGCAGAGAGAGCUGAGCCAGCUCCAAGAGCUUAGCAACCACCAGAAAAAGAGGGCCACCGAGAUCCUGAAUCUGCUGCUGAAGGACCUGGGGGAGAUUGGUGGGAUCAUUGGCACCAACGAUGUGAAAACGUUGGCAGAUGUGAAUGGAGUCAUUGAGGAGGAGUUUACCAUGGCCCGCCUGUACAUCAGCAAGAUGAAGUCUGAGGUCAAGUCCCUGGUGAACCGCAGCAAACAGCUCGAGAGCGCCCAGAUGGACUCCAACAGGAAGAUGAACGCCAGUGAACGGGAACUGGCAGCCUGCCAGCUGCUCAUCUCCCAGCAUGAAGCCAAGAUUAAAUCUCUGACAGACUACAUGCAGAACAUGGAACAGAAGAGGAGGCAGCUGGAAGAGUCCCAGGACUCGCUCAGCGAAGAGCUAGCCAAGCUCCGAGCCCAAGAAAAGAUGCACGAAGUCAGCUUCCAGGACAAGGAGAAGGAACACCUGACGCGGCUGCAGGACGCCGAGGAAAUGAAGAAGGCCCUGGAGCAGCAGAUGGAGAGCCACCGGGAAGCUCACCAGAAGCAGCUGUCCAGACUGCGAGACGAAAUUGAAGAGAAGCAGAAAAUCAUUGAUGAGAUUCGGGACUUGAAUCAGAAACUGCAACUGGAACAAGAGCAGCUCAGUUCUGAUUAUAACAAGCUGAAAAUAGAAGACCAAGAGAGAGAGAUGAAGCUGGAAAAGCUUUUAUUGCUCAAUGAUAAAAGGGAACAAGCCAGAGAGGACCUGAAAGGGCUGGAGGAGACGGUGUCUCGAGAACUGCAGACUCUCCAUAACCUCCGCAAGCUCUUUGUCCAGGAUCUGACGACCCGAGUUAAAAAAAGUGUGGAGCUGGACAGCGAUGAUGGAGGGGGCAGUGCUGCCCAGAAGCAGAAAAUCUCCUUCCUGGAAAACAACCUGGAGCAGCUCACCAAGGUGCACAAGCAGCUGGUUCGAGACAACGCGGACCUGCGCUGUGAGCUGCCCAAGCUGGAGAAGCGGCUGCGCGCCACAGCGGAGCGCGUCAAGGCCCUGGAGAGCGCGCUGAAGGAGGCCAAGGAGAACGCCAUGCGGGACCGCAAGCGCUACCAACAGGAGGUGGACCGCAUCAAGGAGGCGGUGCGCGCCAAGAACAUGGCCCGGAGAGCCCAUUCGGCCCAGAUAGCCAAACCCAUCCGCCCUGGACACUACCCGGCCUCGUCUCCGACAGCUGUCCAUGCCAUUCGAGGAGGAGGCGGCGGCUCUUCAGGCUCCGCUCACUACCAGAAAUAAACACAAGAUACGACUCCACGUAGCAUGUCAAGGACCACAUUAAUCACGGAUUCCUUUGUUUCGCCCCUCUCCUCCAUAAUUCCCGUUGUUCCCCACUUGCUUACCCCAGCCGUCUGCUGUAUACCGGUUUCAGGUAUUUCAAGCUGUGUAGGAUUUCUCUGUGUGCAGUAUGUGCUUGGCCUUUUCUCUUCCUGAGACAUCAGGAGGAGGUGAUUACAGAAGAUCCACUUCCUGCUCAGAGCCAUUACCACUGACUCGGCUGCAGAGCAUCGGGGAGGCCUUUGGGCCAUCCCUGGGCCUCCUUUCCUGGCAGCACAGGGUCUGACCGGGACACCCCAACCUGCCAUUCCCUGGAGGGGAUCAACCAAGUGCCGUGGAGGCGGGAGAUCAUGCUCUGCCUCAACUGUUUGUCUGGUUUCCUGUAAAAUAAACACAUGACUUUAUAUUUUUAGGGAACAAAAAAUGUGCUGCUAUAGGGUUCAAAAUUUUCAUUCUGAACACUUUUCCGAACAAAACAAAUUACCCCAAAGAAGCAUUUUGAAUAUCCUGGCCACAUCUUGGGAUCUGUAAAAUAUACCUUUUAGUAUGGCACCUGUUCAAAUGCAGAUCAAAUUUCUUCAAGGCAGAAAAACAAUCUGACAGUAGCAAUGUAGAAUUUGUUCACUCAGACACAUCUAUGUAAAUGCAAAAAGUCAUAAAAUUUUCCUCCAAGCUGCUUGCUACUGAACCUGCUGAGACUAGUCUCAGCCGGCCCGGGUUGAACAUCAUUCUUUCAGAAGUGCUGAAAAUGCUGCAAAGUCGGAUGGGUGGAAAUGGGGUUGCCUCCCUCCUCACCGCGUCUACCCUCAUCCUUCGGAAGCUUGCAGUCAGGGAUGGCCGCUUUCUCCAGGAAACCAUGCUAGUGUGGGUGAAGGUACUGCUAAGGAAGCCCAGCAUCGGGCCAGCAGCUGAGAAACAAAGCUGGGGAGGAAAGUAAUUGACGGAAUUUUCUCCCCGGCUACAAAUAAGUUGUUCUUUUAAUGUACCACCGCAGACUGUUUUAUUUGAAUACUCCCUUUGGCACCAAAUAGGUUUUAUCUUCUUAGGUACAAUUAGAAAAAGUCAGUAGAGAUGGAUUUUUUUACAUUUAGCUACUGCUUUAUUCAAAUACAUGAUCUGAAGCUGAUCCCACCUUACUCCUGGUUGUGCAUAGUAAAAAGAUUGGUUUCCAGCUGGUAAGACUUUCCGCAAAACUCACCAGGAUUCAGAUAAGUUGGUCUGGUGUGCUGCUACUUAUUCUGAUAAAUUUGAGGUUAAUGACAACCCAGCCAGAUUUGGUGAGGGCACCCAUCCUGCCAUUGUGCAUGUCUGAGAUGUGUGAGUUGGCACUGUCCCCUACAGCUGUCACCACUGGAAUGAAGUGUAUGCCAGGGAGACUGGGCUUUCCUGUGGCUGUGUGGGUCCAAGAAGUUCUAGUCUCAGUGUGUGUGUGUGUAUGUGUGUGUGUGUGUGUGUGUGUGUUACGGAUUGUGUACUGACUUCCAAACUCUUGUAAAAAAUUUCUCUAACUGAGCAAGGCUGCUCAGACUUAAUUUAUUUGUUAAAUGUUGUACUUCGUGUGUUUUAUGUUUUUUGGGGGGGAGGGUGAGAAAGGAAUAAAUUCUGUUGGCUUUAUUUCAUAUUUGCCAAUUUUACAUUUGUGUAUUUUUUUUCCAAUCGAUCUGGUUUUGUUGCCAGUGCCUGCCCAAUAUGGCUGCUUGCUCACUCUGCAGUCUGAUAGAAGAGCCUUUGGAGGGCAGGUUUCGCAAGCCUCCCCAGGCAACCAAGCAUGCCACAGUUAUAACCUUGCUGUUAGUUUGUUUGCCUCCGAUUGGGGAAACUGAAAGCUUGGUCUUUGCGAGGGUGACUGAUUAAUCAUUGUCACACCACUGCUUGUCCACCAUGCAGCUGCAUUGCUCUUGCAUUUGGGAAUUGAACAAAGGUCAGUCCCCCCGCCCCCAGGCUUUGCUAAUAUCCAUCACAAAAUAGAUUAUUUUAGAAUCUUUCCAAAGUAAUUUUUCCCUGGGCACCCCUUUUCUACUUCUAAGGACUUUCUUGACUCUUUCAUGUUUCAAAAAGAAACGCUCACUUUUAGUUCCCCAUUACUUGAUCUGUACAAGGGACUGACAAAACGCACCUCACUUUAAUUCACAGAGAAAGUUGGCUUUGAUGUCUUGUAAAGAUAAUCCUGCUAGCUGCUGAUCGGCCAGUCAGUUCACCUAGCUCCCAUCUUUAUAGGACCUCUCAUCCGAUUUCCUCACUGUGACUAAAGGUGGGCAGAUGCUUGCGACAUCACGUGUUCAGAUGGAUCCCUGCACGUCACUUAGCAUGGUACGCUGGUUUCUCUGUCAGGACCCUGUUUUCUGUGGGUCACUUUUUUCUUUCUUUCUUUCUUUUUUUUUUUUUUGACAGGCAGAGUGGACAGUGAGAGAGAGAGACAGAGAGAAAGGUCUUCCUUUGCCGUGGGUUCACCCUCCAAUGGCCGCCGCGGCCGGCGCGCUGCGGCCGGCGCACCGUGCUGAUCCGAUGGCAGGAGCCAGGAGCCAGGUGCUUUUCCUGGUCUCCAAUGGGGUGCAGGGCCCAAGCACCUGGGCCAUCCUCCACUGCACUCCCGGGCCACAGCAGAGAGCUGGCCUGGAAGAGGGGCAACUGGGACAGAAUCCGGCGCCCCAACCGGGACUAGAACCCGGUGUGCUGGCGCCGCUAGGCGGAGGAUUAGCCUAGUGAGCCGCGGCGCCGGCCGGGUCACUUUUUUCAAAAAGCCACAUUUCUGCCAUUUUCGCUUUUUGAGAAUGUUGCUCCUUAUACCUCAAAUGUUAACAAGUUCUAAACAGCCAAGGUUAUCAUUGUGUUUUUGGUUGUUUGCUGCCUUUUUGUCAGUGUGUAUGCGCGUGUGUCUUUUACUCCUGUGUGGAUAAUUUUGUAUAUCAUGCUUCUUGAAAGUUGACUCUUCAGUGCUGUAAGAGCCAGAUGAUUUACACAAAUCUCUACCUGCAGGAUGGCAGUGCUAAAUUAGAGGAGUGUUGUUUGAGAGAUCAAGAUUUAUGGUUGGGACAUAAAAUUUAUUAGUACCAAAUGUGUUUUGAUCAAUUACUAGAAAAUUCUGUAGAAAUGAGGCAUCUCUUCAAAUGCUGCACGGUUGGCUUUUGUUGAGUGGCAGGUGGUAGACAGAACAGUAAAGAGUAGGUUAAGAAUUUUGAAGAAAAUAGAAUGACAUAACCAAGAAAAGCCAGAAUUCAUAGGGCAAUGUGAAGAAACAAAAGUAUUUGUUUAGAAUGUAGUGCCUAGUGAUCUGAAAGCCCUAAAGUUCCCAUACACAGGUGAGCUUCCUGUUCAAGGCAUCACUAGGACUCAGAAGGGGACUUAGCAGGCCUGCUCUCCUAUCAGAAUAACCGGAAGCAAAUACAAGCUCUGAACGAUUCCCUUUUGAAUUGCAUUUUUGACUAAGGCGGGAGACACCUGGACUCCAGCCAGAGGACACACUGGGAAAGUUUUUCAUUGUCAGGGGCAAGUGAAAGAUGUCACUUCAUUGUCUUACCCAGAAUAUCAAAGCAAGCUAAAGGAGCAUCGUAGUCUAAAAUUGCUUCCUUCAACACUAACAACUUAGACUUUAAAAAAAAAAAAUGUAUUGAAUGAGAGCCAGAUAGCUGCUGAAGAAGCACUGCUCUAUGAAGCCUGCUUACUUACUUAAAAAUUGUUGAUCAACUUUAAACACUUCUCAUUGUGUGCAGGUAUAAGGGGACGAGGGCGUUCUGUAGAAUUAUCCGUGUCUAGUCUGUCCAGUGUGUUGUGUAUACUGCUGGUGUAUGUUCUCUGGGCUUUAUGUAUCUGUACAGUAGCUUUCAUGAAAAUAUGUGGACAAACGUGGUGGUUUGAGGGGGGAACAGCAAUUUGUAUCGCAUAACGGUGCUGUGCUAUGGGAUGUGUCACAGAAGAUCUGGAAGCAACCCUCCCCUUGGCCUGUGGAAGAUUCUGGUUAUCUUCUAGGUUCUCAAAUGAAGAUGUAUGGACACUCUGGCAGACUGCAUGUUGUAUAAUUUUACAAAUACUAAAAGUGGAAAAUAAAAUUGAAUUAACCUUUGA